AUGCCGAGUCUGGGGACCGGUGAGCCGAUUCAAUCGAAUAAGGUGGUGGAGCAGCCCACCGGACGGACCAGUCAGCACCGCUGCUUUCGGGCAGGUGGGGGAGCUGUUGCCGCUUGCAGCGCACACGUGACCUCCGCUGCCGAGCGGAGUGCCGAACAGGCAGCUGGUGGCGGGGUAUCUGCUAUGUAUGUAUAG